CAGGAACAUGUGACGGGUGUAACAAACCCCUCACUCAGACAACAUAUUGUGUUGAGUGUACCCAGUGUUUCUGUGCUCAGUGUACAAAGGUUCACACCAAGCAAAAUGCCACGAAGUCGCACAUUAUAUUACGUAUAUCACCUGAUGUUUCUGAUGCGCCAAGCACAAAAAUCGGACGAAAUUGUGAAAUUUGUGAAGAGAAAAUGGAAGUUAUUAGUUUAUGUGCCUCAUGUAGAGAGAUGUAUUGUACUGAAUGCUCGGAGAGACAUCAUUUAAUGAAAGCUACUAAAGACCACCAGUUGUGCCCUUUGAAGUUAUGGGACGCAAGUCUGGUUACCCGGCCUGUUAGUAGUGUGGUACAGGACAGUACGAAAAAGAAAGCGCAGGUCAAUGUUAUACUGAAGCAAGAAAAAGACUUGUACAAAGGAAGGAUAAUUACUGAAAGACCCAGUACUGCACCAGGAGAAACCGCGAUGACACGAAUAAGAGGAAUGACUUUUCUACUAGAUGGUCGUCUGGUUGUCAUCGACAGCAAGAACAAAUGUCUUAAGGUCUUCAAACCAGAAUGGUAUGAACUCUUAACGAAAAAAGAAUUAACAGACGAGCCACGAGGCAUUGCUACCGUUUCACAAGAUGAAGUAGUUAUUACAUUUGCAGAUAAAAAAAGAGGUCCGCAUUUACAAGAUGGAUAAAGUCAAUAAUUUAUGGAAAGAGAGAAGUUUUGGAAUAAAGGAUAAACCAUUUAGCAUUUCAUAUAGCCGGAGAUCGUUUGCUAUUGAGUUAGGUGAAGGCGACGAUGGUGAAAUUGCUGUUACAGAUUUUAAUGGUAACAUAACCCAUUUAGUGAGAGGUCAAAAUAGUAGUUUCGGACAAUUUACGGGAAACACAAUUCGUCUUGUUCAUGACAAUGACAAAAAGCUUGUGUUCAUAGUGAACGUCGAUGGAUACAUUCACUGUGUAGAUUAUAAAGGAGAAGUCAAGUGGGUUAACAAAAUCAAUACGCCAAGGGGCGUGGCACUUCACGAACACACUUUAUUUGUGGCAAGUAAGGCAGACAAUAAAAUUUACCAGAUAAGCGCAAUCAAUGGAAAUAUGUAUAGCCUUUUGUCAGACACGGACAGGAUAAAUCAACCCAGAUAUAUUGCGUUUCAAGCGUCACAUGAUAAACUCGCAGUAGAGGUCGGAAGUAGUGUAAACAUUUACACUAUUUCUAAAAAAUAAUAACUAAUGAAUGUCUUGUGUAAAGCAAGGAUUUGUAUAGUGUAAAGUUAAAAAAAAAACAUAGAGAAAAACAACCAAUAGAGAUUAAGACUACCACGUAUUAAAAAUAACAAUAUUACUGUUGCUCCUCUACAACAUUUAGAAUUUGAUUUAUAUUCAUGGCUUUGGAGUAUAGUUGCUAUAUAAUACUAUAAGUCAAGCUGAUAUUACAAUUGCGUAGAAAUGAUAAAAACAUGUCAUUUAGAGAACUAUCUUUCAGCAUGUAAACAGAAUGCAAACUGCUGGACAGAUAAGAUACCUUGAUUUUAU